UGUCUAGCUUGUGGUUGUCAAUAUUUUUUUUUUCUUCAUGUUGGGGCUAAUCUCAAAGGCGUAGUGAUUAGUGAUCGAAGAGAAAGGGGGAAGGCGACCGAAGCUUUGCGGUUUUGCUUGCGGGAAAGUUCCUAGUCGUAAUUCAGGUGGCAUUUAAAUACCUUCCAUGCUCACUGGGCUGAGACGGGAGAGGUGUCCUGUUUCUUCUAAUCGUACCCAGAUUAUGCACUUGUAAGGAUCUGGAGGAAGUCGGGAAGUGAGUGGAAGUGGGUUUUCUUGAACGCAAACAAGGCGUACAAGGAAGUGCACAGGGAUGAAAAAAAAAGAAGAAGGAAAAACGUCAAGUGAUGUGAAAAGAAAAUCCUGCUGAGCUCUACAACAACCCAACAGCCACCGAAUCCCAUACAGCGAAACCUUCUGGGUGGUGGUGUUGGGUUACGUUUUCGUACGAUUGUAUAAAGGUCGGUAUAUUAGUGAUGGUGGUGGUGUUGUGAGUUGAAUUCUGGGCAAGAGAAGAGCCCAACACGCCUGCUUGGUUCUACGGUGCUGUGUGUUGUUAUUUAUAGGCGUUCGAUACUAGUAUAGUGUAUGGUGUUUGUAAACGACGUCGGUCAAGAUAACGCCGAGAACUGACUCCCCUGUGCGAAGGAAUUUCCGAGGAGUGAAUAAUGUGAAUAAACAACAAGAAUAACCGUGCAACCUGUUUCCGCGAAGGAAGGGGUUUUUCGGUGGCUCGAGCUUUUCUCUUGUGCAAUACCUGCAUUUGUGGGCCCAAAGAGUAUCCCACUCGGCCAUGGAAAUGGAGCCCCGGGUGGCGAUCCUUCAGGACCUCAAAAUCCAAUCCUUCGACACGAUUCGCUUCGCCUCAUACCGGACCGCGUGCAAGCUGCGAUAUGUUCAAAAGUCCACAAAUCUGCACCUAGUGGACAUCUGGAACGUGAUCGAGGCGUUCCGCGAAAAUGGUCUCAACACGCUCGAGCCCCAGAACGAGGUCAGCGUGAGCCGGCUGGAGACGCUGGUAUCGUCGCUGUACCACAACCUCAACAAACGUCUUCCCCCGACGCAACAAGUUCCUGUCGAUUCCAAAGCUAGUCUUCUACUGAAUUGGCUGCUGGCGGCCUACUCCGGCGACAACAGUGGCAAGAUCCGGGUCUUCUCGAUCAAGGUCGCCCUCGCAAUCAUGUGCGCCGGCAAGAUGGUGGAUAAGCUGAGAUACGUCUUCUCGCAAAUCUCCGACGGUGCCGGCCAGCUCAUCCACUGGAAGCUCGGUGACUUCCUACGGGAAGUGCUGGCCCUGCCAGCAGCCGUCUUCGAAUCCCCCACAUUCCACUACCAGGAAGGGCUCGAAAGCGAAAUCUUCGCCGUAGAGACCAAAAUCACCGUCAACGAUUUCAUGGCAGUCCUCAUGUCCGAACCGGGGCCUGCCUGUCUAGUGUGGCUCCCUCUGCUGCACCGGCUGGCCACCGUUGAAGCCGUUGUUCACCCGACCAUCUGCUCCGUCUGCUUGCGGGAAAACUUCACCGGCUUUCGGUACCGGUGCCAGCGGUGUCAUGCCUACCAGCUCUGUCAGGACUGCUUCUGGCAAGGCCGGGUUUCCCUGAAUCACCAAAACGACCACGAAGUCAAAGAGUACUCCAGCUACAAGAGUCCCAGUAAACAGAUUGGCCAUUCGCUGCGCAAGAGCUUUCGCUGUGUACCGGAAAAGUCGAACCAGGUGCUGCCGAGGUUUCCCGAGCAACCGGAAAAGACGCUCAAUUUGUCACACAUUGUACCACCGUCGCCAUUGCCGUCACACAAUGGCUUCAGCGAUGGCGGUAUGAUUCCCGGCAUGUACGACCGGAGUAGCACACUGGAUUCGAGGGGAACCGGUCUAUCGAUGGACAGUAAUGGCACCUCACUGACACGAGGUGGAGCCAACUCAAACGAUGAAGAACACAGGCUAAUCGCUCGGUACGCUGCGAGACUUGCUCAAGAAAGUCGGACGCCUGGCUGCUCAGCGCCAGACCCGGUCCAGAUAGGACUGGACAGUUCCCGUGCCCAGCGGGAACUAAUCCUACAGCUCGAGUCCAAAAACAAGGAAAUCAUGCGGGAGAUUCAGAAACUUCGCCGGCAACAGGAAACGGAACAGGUGCAACCGGAAAGUCCAGCUCUGAUGAACGAGCUGCGGGCACUACGGCAGCGAAAGGGUGAACUGGAGGGACACCUAGGCGCUCUGCAGGAUUCCCGACGGCAGUUGAUGGGCCAACUGGAAGGAUUGAUGCGAAUGCUGAAGAACCACCAGACGCAGAGCCCUCGGUCGACGCCCAAUUCUAGUCCGCGGUCGGGUAAGAGCCCACCGCUACCGCAAGGUUCCCAAAUGCCGGGCCAGCCACGAGGACCCGGAAUGCCUCCAAAUGUGCCACCUCAUCUGCAGCAAAGCCUACUGCAGCAGCAGCAGCAACAACAACAGCAACAGCAGCAGCAAAUGAUGCUCAAUAGUCACAUGCAGGAGCAGAUGGGCCAUCACCCGAUGGACAUGCGAGGUUACGCCCCCAACGGAAACAAUAAUGGAGUCCAUAAUCCAAUGGGCCGACCAUCGGGCUGCACCGGCGCUGGCACUUCCGGGCGGAACGAUUUGCACUACGCGGCCGAUUCGGUCUCGUCGGCCAUGAGUUCGCUAGUGCGUGAACUGAAUUCAGAAGGAUCCGACGAAGAGUAUGGCAUGCAUCAUCAUGUCAGACAAAUGCUAGACUUCGAAGAGAUGCAAAGUCACGAGUGGAGUGACAAGGACAACGCCCAGUGGCAGGAACAGUUUGCCCAGUGGAGUCUCAACUCGCAAAAUCAGUAAUUUGGAUUCGGAUCGUCACCGUUUGACGUUGUUGCCAUUCUUGUAAAACUAUCCCUAAGACCCUCGCCCCGCCACCAUCCCAUCUUUCACCUAAGCGCAAAUAGAAAGCUUUCUUGGUACACAUUCUAAAAAAAAUAACAGACCGGGGCACAUCUGUUCUCACUCAUUCACGCACCCCCGCACGUGGAUAUAAACGAACCAGCAUCAUAUCACUCUAUCAUAUUUAUAAAACACGUUAGAUGAGCAGAAUAUGUAUAAACUCAAAGUUUAAUCAUUAACUCGACCGAUUGCGGUUUUCACUGAAGCUGCCACCUACUUCUAGUUUCUGAUUAAUUUAAUCUUUUGUAUGUGAUCUCUACGUUAAGUUCGUGAAUCAAACAAACUACCAAGCCGAAUGCUUUAUGAAUUUAUUGUUCUUUAAACUGGUAGACUUUAGAAAAAAUGGUUCCAUUCCAGCAUAAAAUGUGACUUAGCCUAGUUAUAUAUGAUCCGUAUCGGUUGUCCACGAUUGCAAGAAUUUUUAUUAAUCUUUAACAGUGCUCUUUAAGUAGCAGGAAAAGUACUUCUCUAUUCAUGUUUUGAUUUGAGAAUUAUUUAUUUAAGUUCGCGCUGUUAGUAGAAAUAAAGUUUUGUUAUGUUCAUUUUUUUGUUUCUUCGAAUCGAAGCCACCCCUUGCUUGUUAAUAGGAGAACGCACAGUGAUGUACAAAAAUAAACAGAAUCAAGCAUUUUAGGCACCAUUGAAAAGUCGAGUUCGUGAACAAUUCCAUCAGCAACAGCAAAUCUUAAUAAAAUACAAAAAACAAA